AUGAUAGUGCAGUGCCAAAAGGCAGAUGACAAUGGCAAGCAAGAAGAUGGACCAAUUCCAGGACAUGCAGAAUCUCUUCCAUUGCAAGAUGCUUCUAAGGAGAACAGGAUGGUCCACGGUGAAGACCAAGAAUUCUUGCAUCGCGUCCUUCCGAGCGGAGAAGACGACGAGGACGACAGUGACAGCGACAGUGAUGACGACGACAUUCGGGUCACGAUCGGCAACAUUAAAACUGGAGCACCCUGUUACAUGGGCACCCCAAUGAAUCUGAACCUCAAAACUGCACGUAAUUAUGGAGCAUCAGCCAAGUUGCAGCCCAAAGGCAUUGAUCUGGACGCUGCAGGGAAUAUAAACGGCUUGCCGGUAAUAGAAGUGGAUUUAGAAUCGUUUGAAGACAAGCCGUGGAGGAAACCAGGUGCUGACCUGUCUGAUUAUUUCAACUAUGGAUUCAAUGAGGAAACAUGGAAAGCUUAUUGUGAAAAGCAGCGCCGGCUUCAGCUCGGCUUGGAGCCUUCAGCACCUGUUAGUACGGAAAAUAAGAUCAUGGUUCAGCAAGGAAGAACAGGAAAUGCAGAAAAAGAACCAGAGAACAAUAUCAUCAAAAUGGAUUUUAAGACGGAUUUUGUGGCCCUGGUCGGUGGGCGGAUAAAAGCCGGGCCUCCCCCGAACAGGAAGCUGGGCGGGACGAUCGAUGUCAUUGGUGGACAGGCGGGCACAAUUCGGAGGGUGGAAGGCCGCCGCCGCGAUAAGCACGCCUCCGAGGAGAACCCCAUUCAGGUACUUGGGGACCACGGGAGCAAAUCGCAGCCUCCACAGCAGCCCCAGCCGUCAUCGCAGUCGCAACAGACACCUCAGCAGCAGCCGUUUGCCCCACCCGCGGGUCCUCCGCCCCCAAUCGGCGGCCCCCCUCCACCCCACUUCCUUCAUCCUCCUCCUCCGCCCGUCACAUCCGUCCCGCCGCCUCUGCAUCCUCCAGGCUUACCACCCCCGGGGCCCAUUCCAGGCUUGUUCCCUCCACCUCUUGCUCCACCACCCGCUCUUUUGAUUCCAACACUAGAUGGCCAGCCUGCCAGCUACAGCAAUCGGCAGCCGCCUCCGUUUGGUUACAAUUCCACAGAUUCAGGCUUCAUCAGCUACCCCCCCAUUUCUACAUCUCACACGCCGUGGGUGACAGCGGUGGACAAGGGUGCCAGUGCUUCCGACCCCGGUCACUGGGAAUACUCCGGCACGAGGAGGGAGAGGGAACGGGAACGGGAACGGACCCCCACCACCAGCGAAUACAGCAACGAUGACGAGAGGUACCGUUACUACAGCCGGGAGCGCAGCUACGAUUUUGAGCGCGACUACCGCAGGAGCAGGGAUUGUAGCCGCGAGCGGGAAGAUCGCCACCGGGAGCGAAGGCACCGAGACAAAGAGGACGGCAGCAAACACAAAUCUUCACGGCGUAAGCAGCACGAGAGUGAAGAAGGGGAGAGCCACCGACGUCACAAGCACAAAAAGAACAAGCGCAGCAAAGAGGAGAAGGAGGUGAGUGAGGAUGGCGUCCCAGAGGGAAACGGACAGGAUGCCAAGGAGUAGUGGAUUGCAUGCCGAAAGCGGCCCUUAUGCAGCCAACCUAGCGGUCUCCCGUGACUUUGUUUUCUGAGAUGACCGGGGCCCAAACGGUUGAAAAGCCAGGCUGGACUCACAAUCAGACGAUUGGGAGAGAGGAGAAAAAUCUGGCGCAGCAACCGCAAACGAAGCACUGAGCUAUUCCACAUGCAGGUAAAACUCCAGCCUGUCACAGCCUGAUGUGAGUCGGCUUCAGCAGAAACUGAUGCACUUAGAAUAUAGGACUAUAUUGGGCAAUUUAUGGAUGUUGUUUAAGAAGUAGGACAGUCAUAGCAACACGGAGCUGCUUUGUUAAAGAAAAAUGUUAGGUCCUCCCAGCAGCCGGCUUCGUCUGGCUUCCAUAAGCUCCCCUCUUUCCCUUAUUCCCCAUCCCCUGCCCAGUUCUUGUAGCUAUGAAAAUCUCGUUUCUUUCAAGAAAGGAUCAGAGAGCCAAUGAAAUCAGCUUGGUUGAUGGUGCAACAUGGACAUGGGCUGGCAGGUCUUUGAGAAGUGUGCUUCUCUGGAGAUCAGGAGUCUUCAAAAGGGAAAGUUUUCCCAUAGCCAAGUUCAAGGGACCUCAUUGUGAAUGGAACAGGUCUUGAGAGGUCCUGCCUUAAAUAGUUUGGCGCAAACUAUUUAUUGUAGCCAUCAAGAGUCUCUCCUUUUGCAGUCCGACAACACUAAAUUUUGAUGGUUUACUCUUAAGUCACUGACACACUUUUCAUAGCUCUUAAAACACUAAGUGUCAUCAUAUUUAUGUUCUGUUUCCCUUCCAAAGAAGGUGAUGAAGUUGCCAUUGGAUUCUGAACCGAUGGUCACCGUUGUGUGUAGCUCCCUCAUUUUUAAAUCCUCCUCCACCUGCAGGAAAUUCAUCAAACACUUCCUGAAGUUGUGUUAAAUUUAUACCUUUUUUUUGUAUUGUAAGUUGAGUGUUUGAAAAGAACCUUGAGCCAAUAUGCCCUUGUAUUUUGGCUUGUAUGCUACAAUGGUGCAGUGAGUGCGGUCAGUAACUGGAAAAAAAAGUGGGAAAUAAAGCAACUUUUUUUUCU